GCUUACUUCGCUGCCAGCUGGUCGUCGCCAUGAACCCGGACCUGCGCAGGGAGCGGGAUUCCGCCAGCUUCAACCCGGAGCUGCUUACACACAUCCUGGACGGCAGCCCCGAGAAAACCCGGCGCCGCCGAGAGAUCGAGAACAUGAUCCUGAACGACCCAGACUUCCAGCAUGAGGACUUGAACUUCCUCACUCGCAGCCAGCGUUAUGAGGUGGCUGUCAGGAAAAGUGCCAUCAUGGUGAAGAAGAUGAGGGAGUUUGGCAUCGCAGACCCUGAUGAAAUUAUGUGGUUUAAAAAGUUUCUCCAUUUUAAAGGAACUCCAGUAUUUUCAUCGGUAAAGACUAAAUCGUAUGAGUGGUGUAUAGACUAGAACCAAGCUAAAUAGAACAUGUUGCACGUUCUGCCUUAAUGACUACAUUUGGUCAAUUUUGUGGAACCUGUGGGCCUCAAUUACUCCAUGUUUAUUCCUACCUUGCUGAAUCAGGGCACCACUGCUCAGAAAGAGAAAUGGCUGCUUUCAUCCAAAGGACUCCAGAUAAUUGGCACCUACGCCCAGACGGAAAUGGGCCACGUUUUGUGCACCGAGGGCGGCCUGAGCCUCUGGAUCUUCACUUGGGCAUGUUCCUGCCCACCUUGCUUCACCAGGCAACUGCGGAGCAGCAGGAGCGCUUCUUCAUGCCCGCCUGGAACUUGGAGAUCAUUGGCACUUAUGCCCAGACAGAGAUGGGUCAUGGAACUCACCUUCGAGGCUUGGAAACCACAGCCACAUAUGACCCUGAAACCCAGGAGUUCAUUCUCAACAGUCCUACUGUGACCUCCAUUAAAUGGUGGCCUGGUGGGCUUGGAAAGACUUCAAAUCAUGCAAUAGUUCUUGCCCAGCUCAUCACUAAGGGGAAAUGCUAUGGAUUACAUGCCUUUAUCGUACCUAUUCGUGAAAUCGGGACCCAUAAGCCUUUGCCAGGAAUUACCGUUGGUGACAUCGGCCCCAAAUUUGGUUAUGAUGAGAUAGACAAUGGCUACCUCAAAAUGGACAACUAUCGUAUUCCCAGAGAAAACAUGCUGAUGAAGUAUGCCCAGGUGAAGCCUGAUGGCACGUACGUGAAACCGCUGAGUAACAAGCUGACUUACGGGACCAUGGUGUUUGUCAGGUCCUUCCUUGUGGGAGAAGCUGCUCGGGCUCUGUCUAAGGCGUGCACCAUUGCCAUCCGAUACAGCGCUGUGAGGCACCAGUCUGAAAUCAAGCCAGGUGAACCAGAACCACAGAUUUUGGAUUUUCAAACCCAGCAGUAUAAACUCUUUCCACUCCUGGCCACUGCCUAUGCCUUCCAGUUUGUGGGCGCAUACAUGAAGGAGACCUAUCACCGGAUUAACGAAGGCAUUGGUCAAGGGGACCUGAGUGAACUGCCUGAGCUUCAUGCCCUCACCGCUGGACUGAAGGCUUUCACCUCCUGGACUGCAAACACUGGCAUUGAAGCAUGUCGGAUGGCUUGUGGUGGGCAUGGCUAUUCUCAUUGCAGUGGUCUUCCAAAUAUUUAUGUCAAUUUCACCCCAAGCUGUACCUUUGAGGGAGAAAACACUGUCAUGAUGCUCCAGACGGCUAGGUUCCUGAUGAAAAGUUAUGACCAGGUGCACUCAGGAAAGUUGGUGUGUGGCAUGGUGUCCUAUUUGAACGACCUGCCCAGUCAGCGCAUCCAGCCACAGCAGGUAGCAGUCUGGCCAACCAUGGUGGAUAUCAACAGCCCCGAAAGCCUAACCGAAGCGUAUAAACUCCGUGCAGCCAGAUUAGUAGAAAUUGCUGCAAAAAACCUUCAAAAAGAAGUGAUUCACAGAAAAAGCAAGGAGGUAGCUUGGAACCUAACUUCUGUUGACCUUGUUCGAGCAAGUGAGGCACAUUGCCACUAUGUGGUAGUUAAGCUCUUUUCAGAAAAACUCCUCAAAAUUCAAGAUAAAGCCAUUCAAGCUGUCUUAAGGAGUUUAUGUCUGCUGUAUUCUCUGUAUGGAAUCAGUCAGAACGCGGGGGAUUUCCUUCAGGGGAGCAUCAUGACAGAGCCUCAGAUUACGCAAGUAAACCAGCAUGUAAAGGAGUUACUCACUCUGAUUCGCUCAGAUGCUGUUGCUUUGGUUGAUGCAUUUGAUUUUCAGGAUGUGACACUUGGCUCUGUGCUUGGCCGCUAUGAUGGGAAUGUGUAUGAAAACUUGUUUGAGUGGGCUAAGAACUCCCCACUGAACAAAGCAGAGGUCCACGAAUCUUACAAGCACCUGAAGUCACUGCAGUCCAAGCUCUGAAGUGUCACAAGGACAAGUUUAAUCUGCUUCAGAAAGCGCCUGUGUGCAACUCAAAUUUUGUGGAAUCUUUUUCGAAUUCAAAUAGCUAUAGAGCAAAUGAUAAAUUGACCCCUUUUUAUAAAUGGAGGGAAAAAAAUGAACAGAUUUCAGAGAUUAAAUGAAAAAAAGCAGAUGUUUUAAGUGCAAUUAACACUGAAAGAGACCUGUUAAACCAUUCAGAAAAAGCUUAAGAAAUGCGAUAUGACUUCCUUUUGUAAUGCUGCUGAUCCCAGUAGACUAUGACUUUUGAUAAUUAGCAGAAUUUAACUACUAAGUAGUUGAUUAUUUUCACAUUUUAAUUGCUAAUCACUGGCUAUAUAAGUGUUUUUAAGCAAAGGUAUUUUUGAAGUGGUGUAGAACCCUUCCAAGCUUUCCUGCUCAGUGUUCUACCAGACUUACCCUGGGGCCUGGCUUAAAAGCAGGAUUGAAGAAAAGGGACUGGGGGAAGGAAACUUAUUGGAAAACUUGAUGCGAAUGAGUUUCUGCUUGGCACAGUCUCUGCCUGCUUGCUCUCCUUUGCUGAUGGAUUGCAUUUAUCAAACUAUUCAUGCUAGCAUUUUUCCAGCGAGGGAACUUAUUCCGCACGGGCCUACUGUAGGACCAUUGUCUCGUGUAAUUAGGAAUUUUCCAUUUGAAGGAUCGCUAAAUUGUCACAGUAGUAGGAAGUAUAGGGAAACCUCUCAGCUGUGGCACUGUUGUAGCUUUGGAGUGCAGAGUGUAACUCUGGGACAAUCAGAUUUCACAUAUUCUGUCAUCUUGGCAUAAGCCAUUAAAAGCUUGGAGGUUACUGUAUUUGGCAUUAAAAAAAAAUGUCACUUAGGUCACCACUCCCAGACGUAGCACAGAAAAACCCUUUGACACAAACCAUGUGUUCUGAUUUUUGGUUCAGAAAAUAUUGAAACUGUGAGUUUUUUGUUUUUUUUUUUAACAACUGGGAAAAAACAAAAACAAAAAACUAUAGUUAGAAAAAUGGAAGUUCCAUAGGUUCUAUUUCUUACUCUAUGUAUGGCUUUGUUUUCAGUCUAUUUCUAGGAGCUUUCUCUGAAUCGCUAAUUGUCCUUUCAGUUGAAAUCUAAUUUACACAAUCAUUCUAUACUUAAAGGUUAAAUACAUCUUAAUUAAUUUUUUCUUAAAGUCAAUGUAAGUCA